AUGGUUGAUCUCAUUCUUCAGAGCGAAAAUAUUAGCCGUAUGGUUCGGUUAUUGUACCUCUCUGAACGAUACACUCUUCGCUUUUAUGUCAUCGUCUGCGUACUCAUCAAUGUGGCCGCUCAAAUUGGACUCGCCUGUUUGGGUUUGACAUACAAUGUCAAUGGCGCCGAUAAGAUUGUCCCGACGAUCAACGGCAUCGUGUCUAUUCCAGACUUGACCAGCAUUCAGACAAAUAGAGUCUUAUCCCAGCAGCAGCAGACACCGUCACAAUUGCAGGCUCUGAAUGCGCUCCGAUUCACAGCAAACAAUUAUGGAAUGUCCGCCCUGGCGAGCGGCGUCAAUUAUCCUGUUUCUUUCAGCCCACCCACGCCCGGCACGCUGUAUAACCCGGAUACUAUCGCCAUAGGAUGCGAUAACACAACAGCAUGCUACUCUACGUUUUAUGAAUCUACACCAGAGAAUUUACCAUACUACUUCAUGGCAGCGACCAAUCGCUCGAUAUCAACUACAUCGAAAUGCCAAGCUUUCAAGGUUACGCGAGGAGGAAGUGGCGACUUUGACAAUAUCACCAUUGCCGACGCAAACAAGACGUCGUUUACAUUGCCUACGAAGAAUGGCCCCGACCAAACGACCUUUAUUGUCGAUCCUGUAAACGACCAGCAUGUCGGAUGGAGCGUUGUUUCUGCUUUCGAAGCAUCUAGUUCCAACCCCUGGUUCUACAGAUGCAAUAUUUCUGUAGGCCCAGUUGUCAAUGCUGUCCUCGAGGUGCAUCAACUCGGGGAUAACAUCAAACUAAUGGCCCCGGCAGCAAUUGCUCUGCAAGGUUACGGAGCAUCCAUGGGCACAAAUCUCUCCAACCACAUCCAGUUUCAAAGCUAUCCCGCCGAGUCGCUGUUCGGGUCUCCCGCGGGCGGCGACACAGUUCUCAUGGGGGUCCUCACGAGCAUUUUUGCGUCUGGUGUGAUCUGGACCACCACCCAAGCCAAUACCAACAUCAAGGCACUUGGUCGCGUGCCUGUCCAGGGCAUCACGCUUGAUAUCAACAAGUGGGCCUAUGUGCACCUUAUUCUCGGUUUAAUCAUGGGCUUGCAGCUGCUGUUCGCUCUCAUCUCCAUAGCCUUGUCAAACCGGGUCAUGGUCCGGGAUCACAGCCAUUUCGGCGAGGCUGCGCUCUUACGGUCUACCAUGUACGAUUUGAGCUACCGAGCCAUCAUGGCAAACGAGAGGGAAAUCGCCAAGUUAUUUCCCAAGUCGGCGACGAUAAGAUACGUUCGGGAAGAAAAUGGUACAUAUCACCUCCGAGUAUCAAACUAA